AUGAGACGAUUAAAAAUUGGAAUACGACCGCAGCUUAUUGUAUUAGUUUGUUUUGCUUCAUUAUUUUCUUUAUUAAUCUUGGGGAUAGUAACAGGAUUAUAUUUUAGUGAUAAUUUAACUGAUUUAAGAUCUGAAAGAUUAUUUGUUAUAUCACAAUUAAAAACUACUCAAGUUCAACAAGCUGUUGCAUUUGUUGCUUAUCAAGUAAUGACAUUAGCUUCAAUAGAUGCUAUAACAACUCCUUUAUCACAAUAUAGAGCAGGUAAUAAUUCAAGAAGUGUUUUUACAAAUGCUCAAGAAACUUUAGAACAAUUUAUGCAAUCUACUGAAACUUUUGCUUUUGCAAGAUUAUAUAAUUUAGAUUUACAAAUUAUGGCAAGUUCUACAAAUAAUGCUACUAUAGUUUCUCCAACAACAAGAGAUGCUUUAUUUCCUUUACAACAAAAUCAAUCAAUACCAAAUCAAAUUUCAAAUGAUGAAUCUGGUUAUUAUUUUACAGGUCCUUUAACUAAUGAUUCUCAAGAUAUUAAUAGUGCAUAUUUUAUGGGUGUUACAUUACCUGUUUAUGCAAAUACUUCUAUAUUAAUUGAUACUCCUUAUAUUGCAGGUUAUUUAUCAAUAAUUGCAAGUGCUUCAACUAUUCAAAAUGCUUUAAAUGCAACAAGUGAAGAUUAUUCAGUUAUUGCAGUAAAACCAAUAUAUGGAGAUUCAAAUAAUGGAAUAGAUAAUUUAAAUGAUGAAGGAGUUCCUUCUGGUGCUUCUGCAAUUGGUUUUCAAACAGUAUUUCCCGUUGAAAAUUCUUUAUUAAAACCUGGAGAAAUUUAUAAUAUUAAUUCAUCAACAUCAGUAAGAACUGCAAUAAAUUCUCCAUAUGGUACUUCAACAGAUGUAAAAUCAUAUUCAGGACAAAGUGUUGCAAUUGGAUUUACACAAAUUUUAUUAAAUAAUUUAUUAUGGGUAAUUAUAGUUGUACAAGAAAAAUCUGUUUUCAAUGGACCAGUUGAACGUUUGAAACGUAUAAUUAUUGGUGUUGUUAUAGGAAUUGGUGCUUUUAUGGUUUUAAUUACUUUACCAUUUGCAGUUUGGUUUAUAAGACCAAUAACAAAAUUGAAAGAAUCAGCAGAAGAUAUAACAAGAUUGAAAAAAGAAAAAAAAAUGAUUAAUGAAAAACAACAACAAACUUUAACAAAUACAAGAGGUAGUGUUACUUCAACUAAUUCAGGAGCUUCACAAUAUUCAACUGGUAUACGACUACCUAAACGUAUACAACCAUCAAAGAAAUUUUUUAAAGAUGAAUUAACUGAAUUAUCAGAAGCUUUUAAUAUAAUGACUGAUGAAUUAGAUAAACAAUAUACUCAUUUAGAAGAUAGAGUUAAAUUAAGAACAAAAGAAUUAGAAGCUUCAAAAAUAGAAGCAGAAACUGCAAAUGAAGCAAAAACUGUUUUUAUAGCAAAUAUAUCACAUGAAUUAAGAACACCAUUAAAUGGAAUAUUAGGUAUGACUUCAAUAGCAAUGGAAGAAAAUGAUGCAGAAAAAAUUCAAGAUUCAUUAAAAUUAAUUCAUAGAUCAGGUGAAUUAUUAUUACAUAUAUUAACAGAAUUAUUAACUUAUUCAAAAAAUACAUUAAAUAGAUCAAAAUUAGAAAAAUCAAAUUUUCAAAUAUUAGAAAUUGUUUAUCAAAUAAAUUCAAUUUUUAAUAAAUUAGCAUUAGAUCAAAGAGUUAAUUUUAAAUUAUCAGUAAAACCAAAUAUUUUUAGAAAAUUAAUAUUAUAUGGAGAUUCAAAUAGAAUUAUUCAAAUUAUAAUGAAUUUAGUUUCAAAUUCUUUGAAAUUUACUCCUGUUGAUGGUUCAGUUAAUGUUAUUUUUAAAUUAUUAGGAGAAUAUGAUUAUGAAAAAUCAAAAGAAAAUAAUUUUGAAAAAGUUUUUAUAAUGGAAUCUGAUUCUGAAUCAAGACCUCAUCCUCAACAACAUAAUACUGAUGCUACUUUAGUUUCAGAUUUAUUAACAACAGAACAAGAGGACUCUGUUAGUCCUACUGACAUUAAUGAUAACAAAAAUAAUGAUAAACAUAAUGACAAACAUCCAUUAGAUGAUGAUGAAUCUGAUGUAUUAAGUAUUACAACAUUAUCAACUACACAAUAUGAAAAAGCUUUAUUUGAUCAACAAUUUAAAAAUAAAUCAUUACCACCAUCUCCUAAAACUUCAAUUGAUGAUUCAUCAGUGACUAAGAAUUCAAAUUCAUCAGAUGAACAUGAACCUGAAAAUGAACAAAAACAAGAAGAAGUAGAUGAACAAACAUCUAUAAAACCAACUACCCCCACAGAUAAUAAAGAUUUAUAUGUAAUGCCUGAAGCAAAAGAUUUUAAAUCUUACCCAACAUUACAUAAAAAGGAAUAUGAAGGAGAUAAAUCUUUUAAAAUUCGUAAUAUUUAUAAUUCCAAAACAUGGGUUAUUCAAAUUGAAGUAAAAGAUACUGGAUCAGGUAUUGAACCAUCAUUACAAGAAAAAGUAUUUGAACCAUUUGUACAAGGUGAUCAAACAUUAAGUAGAUCAUAUGGUGGAACUGGAUUAGGUUUAAGUAUAUGUAGACAAUUAGCUAAAAUGAUGAAUGGUACAUUAAAUUUAAAAUCAAUAAUUGGGAAAGGUUCAAUUUUUACAUUAACUUUACCAUUACCACAAACUGGUGAAAUUAUGAUAUCACCAGAAGAGCUUAAUGAAUUUUGUAAUGAUGAAUUUAAUCCAUAUUCUAAAAUUAAUAGAAAAGUUGUAUUUAAUGAUGAAACAAUUGAAAUUAAUGAUAAUAACAACCCUAUAAUGAAUGAUGAUGAAAAUAAUAAUAAUAAUAAUGUUGAAGGAAUACCAAUACAAAAUCAAGGAUUAAAAAAAUCUUCAUCAAAACAACCAAUGAUUUUUUCAAAAAGUUCAACUGGUACUGCUCAAUCUUCUUCAAAUAAUGAUUCAAAUCCACCUUCUAUAAAAAUUGAUUUAGAAAAUAGUAACACCACCACAACAACAAGACCUUCAUUAAAUUCAAAUAAUAAUAGUAGUAAUAGUGUUUCAAAAUUAAUUAAUAUACCAUCAAAUAAUUCAAUUAUAAAUAGUGAAAUAUCAAUAACAAAUGAAAAUAAUAUACCACCACCACAAUCAACAACAACACCAACAUUGACUCCUCAAAUUUCAAAAUCAAUAUCAAAUUUAAAAAUUUUAGUUGCAGAAGAUAAUCAAGUAAAUCAAGAAGUUAUAAAAAGAAUGUUAAAAUUAGAAGGUUUUAAUAAUUUAACAAUGUGUGCAAAUGGAAAAGAAGCAGUAGAAAUUAUAAAAAAUUCAAUGCUUUCAAUAGAUUCUGAAAACACACAACAAGAAGAACAAUUUGAUUUAAUAUUUAUGGAUGUUCAAAUGCCAAUAAUGGAUGGUAUAUCAGCUGUAAAAAUUAUAAGAAACCAACUAAAAUUUACAAAUUUAAUAAUUGCUUUAACUGCUUUUGCUGAUGAUUCAAAUAUUAAAGAAUGUUUUAAUGUUGGUAUGAAUGGAUUUUUAUCAAAGCCUAUUAAAAGAUCAAAUUUAAAAAAGAUAUUGGAUCAAUAUUUUUAA